CUUUCGAUAACACGAGAGAUCGCUUUCUAGGAGCGUGUACCGUCUCCAUCUUUCACAUUGCACUGAAAACAAUUGAUUUAUAUAAUACAGACAUUAUGUUUGUGCGCAUGUGUGAAACGGCAGAAACACUACCUCAGUGACGAUUGCCACCCUAAAUCAAAUGGUUUCAACUAUGGUGAUGUUACCGAUCAGAUUGUCGCCGGUGACGAGGAACAGACUCGAUGCCAUCAUGAAACGGAUUAAUGUAACUGGAUGACAAAGAAUACAACGAAAGCAAAAAUCAACACGGGAAAACAUCAAUUAUGCGUUCUGGAUCGCCAUCGCCGUGGAAAAAUUAGUUUUCGACAGAGCACGUUAACGGGGCUUUCGGGGUAUUUCCAGUACCACGCCGGAGUUUCCAAAGAGCAGUUGGCAUGCCUGCUGCAGGGAUAUUUUCCAGACCAUUCGGAAAUCCGGAUAAAGAUCGAGAACGAACAAAAAAAACUACCGGCCAGGGGUUGCCGGGGGAAUCAAUGGAAGAGUUGGCCGGGGGCCUGCCAGUAUCUGCCGUCUUAACAAUGAAGAAACAUUCGUUUUACGUCUGGUUUUUGGGCGCCCAAGAAAGCGGCGGGCUUCGAGGGGACGUGUUUCUCCGCCCAGCACUUGCCAGCCUUCUUGAACGCGAGAAGGACGUCGAACCCGUCAAAGUCACUUUACAGAUCAGCAGCAAAGGAUUAAAAAUUGUCCAAAAUGUUUCUCGACCAGGCUCGCGUAACAACGGCAAAACGGAACAGGUAAAGCAUCUGAUUCCGGGUUAUGCAGUAACGUGUGUCACACAAGCCCGUCCCCCACAUGCUGAUGUUGUCUGCUGUAUCCUGCUUGUUUACAAUCCAGUCACGCGGUGCCCGCAUCACGUACAUGCAUACAGGUGCGAUUCUGUUGAGACAGCGACAUCUCUUCGAGUGCAAUUAGAACACCUUGUCGAACGACCAGAAAAUAGAAGUCGAUUCGAACAAGUCGAGGCACGGCUGGGCGAGCGCGGUGGAGAUCCUGGUCUUCAUUCGAGUGCUGCGCACCUCGAUGGACCGAUGCCGCCAAGGGAGACUGCAUCUAGAGGCCAUCCACCUCUUACAGGCGGGCUGGGACUGAGUGGUCAUCAUGGUGAACGCACCUGUUCCGGGAGCUCACACAGAUUAAUAGGCUCCGACGGUCGCAGCACGCGUACGGAUGAUGACGAUGAUCCUGACUUGGACAACAUGGACGACAUCGAAAAUAAAAUAGCUGACGAUCAUCUUGAUGAUCUUGAAAGAAGCGUGUGUGAGGAAGAGGCCCUGCCGACAGCUGUCGUGACCCGACACACACGACCUCCUGACAGAAACCAUUUAUUAAACAAUCACAAUCAGUAUGUAGGCCUCCAAAGUCAGGCUCAUCGGAACGUUCGAGGCCAUUCGGCUCAUCAUGGCUCUCACAGCUUCCAGCCCCAUCAUCAGCAGCAAUUGUAUCACGACCUUCAAGGUCAAGAAGGCUGUCAAAUCUCAGGCCAAAGUCACCAGUCCCAAAGCAGCCAGCAAACAGAUCAACGACCAGGAUCUGGGGCCCCUGUACAUUCGCAAGAGGACGACUCAGAUUCACUUUUACCACGGGACCCGCACGUAGCCCGCCUCUAUGACUCUUUAGCUCAGGAGUUGAAGGAGAAAUUAGCUGGCUCUAAAGCCAAUUCAGGCACCGGGGCUGGGACUGGCAAAGGACGCAAAGUUAACCAGGGACCCCUGUUACUCCCUCCAAAGGAUUAUGACACCGUUUGUAGACGGCAUGGCAAUCUUCAAGGCAUCGACUUAAGACGCUCGACAAUCCAGGCCAUUGUAGGCCAAACUUUGCCUGAUGGUUUCACUAACCAGGAGGAUGAGGGCCUUGACUACAAGGACCAUCACGGUGAAUCCAACGAGCUAAAGGAGCACCAUCAACGUCCUGGUGAUCAUCAGCAUAUUAGCCAGUCAUCUCACAUGCAAAAUAGUUCUGGUCCUCCAGAUGGGGCGCUCAUAAUCUCCUCACCGCGAGCUCCAAAAACGCCGAAUAAGGCUACUCGUCUUGCGUCCAACAGCUCAGGCAAAAGUUCAGGGAUCGGAUCGGACGAAAUGUUAGCGGGAACCGAUAUACCGCUGACUUCUGGGACAGUCAUACCAGUAGGGUCUUUGGACUCAACUCCAAAAGACGCAAGAAGAGGAACUGCAGAUGCUGGUUUGGCUGAUCGAGACGUUAGGAAGGUAGGAGAGACUCCAUUGAACGACACAGUCACCAGUUCUGACGAUGAAUGGAACUACAGACCUGCACAUCGUCUCAAUAAGGAAGCUAUAGACGUCCGAGGUGGCCACAACAGGCAACGUCCUCCAAUUUCUUCGCUACAGCAACACCGAUCAAUGGAUUUCCUGCACCAGCGCCUUGAGCACUUUCAUAUGGGAGAAGUGUCCGGACAUCAGGCGCGCAUAAAAGCAUCUUCUGAAGGCCGACAACAAUUGCAUAGGUCCACGAAUGACCUUUUUUCGUCGGGUAACCUACCCUUAACUUUGUUCGGAAAACAGUGCCCACCAACUCGACGCUCGCUCAGUAACUACUGCCUGGCGCACCCGCAGCUUCCGUCCGGCGGCGAUGCCUCAUCAACGGAUGUGGUCAAUAAGGUUAAAGGAAGCAACGCUUUAAGUUUGCCCUCGCCCAGACAGCUCGCACCCCAUGAAAGGCCUAUAUCGUUUCCAAUGGGGGUGAACCCCCAAAGAAGAGACAUUCCUCUUGCCCAGCCUCCUCCACGAUUUGGAUUUCAUCAACAUCCACUUCGAGAGAGUAUGAUUGAGCCCGUGCCACCUGGCGUACGACGACCCCUUAGUCCCGGUGAGCGUCGGGAGUCUUUGCAAAUGACUCCAGCAGUUCUUCGCCGGCUUCCCGUGACCCCAAUGGACUCUAUAGGGCUCACCCAGAGUGACCCCUGGAAAAGUGGUCUUCACUCGUCAACUGGAGCAUCGGCUUAUUUCUCUCGGAGACCUGUCUCGCCGGUAACACAAAACAAUGCUAAUACGAACAAAAGAUGCGGUAGUCACGUAGAUGAAAUGGUGAUGGGCCCAGGUCUCCGGGGAUCGGAUAUGAGACGACAGUCGUUAGCCACAGAUAGUCCAGGUGGCAGCUUGCACGAUUACCGCGGAAAUGGUAAUCCACUUGCCAAAUUUUUCAUUAACCCCCUCGAUAGAUCCCGGGGCCAUGGCCACUCACACGCGCGCCAUGGCAGCCGGUUCAGUGUUGCCGAACCACAUUCGUACGGAGGACAUCGCAUCUAUUAAAAGAUGCGCACACUGCAAAAUGCGAUAGCUAUAACAAGUGAUGUUAUAGCAUUUCAAGGUGAUCAUGUUUAUAAGUCUCCUGCCAUAAAAGCCCUUCUUGAUAAUGCUCACAUAUAUGACAUGCAACGCAAAAAUGAGCGUUACGCCUAUAUAUAUAGCAUACUUUUUAUAGGUAUCUAUAUAUCGACAAGAAGCGCGUAGUAUAACUUUUAAGCGAACUUCAUCUAUUUCUUUUGCACAAAAUUGACAGAAGAAAGUCUUUAAGACCAGCAAAUAUUCGUUCGGCUUAGGCCGAUACUUGCCCUGUUCAAGAGGACGCAGUCACUUGGAUAACGGUUUACUCAUCGAUCGUGUCUCCCGAUCGAUCACCAUCAAAAUGCAUCUGCGAAGCGCGAAAAAACAAACGUCCUCUUUUGAUGAUAUAUUUAGGUGCACGACACUCCCAUUUGCAAACAAUGGAACAGUUUGAGUAUCCUUAUUUCAACAGGAGGAUCGAGCUCUUCCUAUCCAUUGGCACUUGUACAGCAAAACGCACUGAUUGCUUUUUAGUGAACUACGCAAUGAAGCAUCCGAGAAAAUUUCAUAAUUAGACGCCUUACCACAGGAAUGUGAUUGGAUGAAUUGUAUCUGACAUUUGGAAUGGCCUAAACGGUUAGGAAAUGAGACUUGUUCGGGCGCAUUCCUAUAAUCGGUCGACGAUGAUGCUAGUUCUUUCCUGAAGAAGAGGUAGAGUCGAAAAGCUUUUCGUGAAUUUGGUUUACAUCAAAAUUUAACUUACUCGGUUUAACUUGAUUGACAAGGACUUCGUUGAGUCUUUAUAAUCUUACCGAUUCGUAUUUCAGAUCGUCGAGAUCGACAAAGGAAGGCGCGGCUAGAACAACUCGAAUGACAAGAUAAAUAGCGUGCUUGAUCAGGCGAUGGCUAAAUUUAGUUUUUAUUUACAGUUAUGAAAACUAUUAAUUGUCUAGCUGUUUGCCUUGAUCCCGUUGUGCCCGUAUCAACUCUCAACGCUAUACAGGACAUCUUACUUUUUACUAUCUUCUUCUAGUAAACAGUUCCAACAAAAAACACUCGAUCUUUCUGCUUGCAGUCCGUUCGAGUAGGACUUAGCAUAGCGAGAUUAUAUCGAGUUAUUGAUACGUCUUUCGACCUUUUGCGUUUCCGAGACCUCUGUUAAGUAGACUACGAACUGCCAAUACUGUAAUGACUAAAACGGGUGUGAUCGAUAAUUGAGCUUAAAUUAAUGCGUGCCACCAAGUCGACGUCCAUAACCUCGCCUGCUGUCGAGCAUGCCCUGGGGAACGAAUUUAGAUACUUGCGUACAUGAACAGAAGUCUUAUCGUCGAUCAAGGAAAUCUGAAAUCUUCUUUUCUGUUUUAUUUUGUCAUCAUUAAUAGGUUUUUUGAUGUAUUGUAUGGGAUGCAGUCAGUUCUCACUUGCAGUUUUUGCAGUGGAGAAUCAUAUAAUAGGGAAUAACGUUCUCCAUUCAUUACGCAGUAGGAGCUGACAUUUCGGUGAGGAUCGAUUUCGUAACGACUUGACUCAUCGAAAGGAGUUAGGAGGAUAACAGUUGUGGCAGGUUUUUUUUGGGGGCAACAGAAUUGCGCUACACCACUAGCCGGGUUCCUUUCAAACCCUCGCCUAUUUGUGCGACGCGCUUAGAGAUUGUACAUUAUAUUUUCACAAUAUAACUAGCUCAUAAAUUAUAUAUAUAUAUAUAUAUAUAUAUAUAUAUAUAUAUAUAUACCUUUGUUUUGUUUUGGUGGUCGACAUAUCCACAAGGACGAUGUCGGGUCCACAAGCAUGUCCGCGCCAUCCGUGUGCCCGAUGCCUAUCGCCUCGUUUAGCUCUUGCUUGCUGCAAUGUACUAUUAUUUCCCGUUUUCCACCUUUUCUGCUAUUGACAAGCCAUUAAAAUACACUGUCUGAAUGUUAAUAAUGACUUCAACAAAAGUUAACAAUAGCUAAUAACAACAACGCUACUAUUAAUGUUAAUGAAUAAUAUUGAAUCAAAAAUUACUUGAAUGUAAGGUGUGGGCGGCAAAUACUGUAAUAUGUAAUUGUUUCUCGUAAAUAAAUGGCGCGUUCUUGGGUCUUGGAAUUAUAGUUGCAAACCCGCGUUUUUUCUCUGCUACAACUCGUUAUAUAGGUAACGAAUAUAUUUCACGAUAUUAGGUACAUCUCAAAAGAAUAUAAAAAGGUAGGUGGCUUCUUUUCGCGCUGAAAAACAUGGUACUCUGAAAAUUUUUUAGGUAAAUUUUAUCUACUCUAAAUGCCGUUAAGGUAUACAUCACAACGUAAAAAGGAGUUCCUAUCAUAUUAACUUUUCACUGACGUAGCGCCGCCUUACCAUUCAUAUCUGGUGUCUAGAUAUUUAUAUUUUUCAAGCACACUCAAAAUUAAAAAAAAAUAUAUACAUAUAGGCAGUUAAAAGUGGAUGCGGCAGAAUUUGAAAUCAAGUAAUUUUUAAGCUAGCAGGGCUGAAACCAUGAUACCUCAAGACGUGUUAGAGGUGCCCUUUUUA